CAUUAUACACUGUCGAAUAAAAUAGAAUUGAAACCUUGAUAGAAACUCAUUUUGCCGUCAAUGUUGGUCAAAUACCAAUACAUGCGUUGGUUCCGUUUCCGACCCAGACGUCGGUUUCGGCGUCUCCGGCCCGAAUCUUGGCCCUUAUGCAGCAUAUUUUCAGUUGAAGCCGCUGCUUUCUUCGUCGCUACCCCGCAAGUAAACCCAUCGAUUCACAGAUUCUGCUAAUCUCAUUGCCGCUCUCCAAUGCGAUCAUCCCAAACACCGCUGGAUCUAGAUUCUAGGGAAUUCAUUUAGAUAACUCCGUCUCGGGGAUAGGUACCAGUCCCACUCGUCUUUUACCGCUCAGCUGAAGGGGAUUCUGCUAUCAUAAUCUCUAGCAUUCCAUCCAGAUAACUAUGUUUUCGAAAAAAAAAAUCAUUUCCUUUUAAUGGGAAUGAGUUCUAUUUCGAGCUCAUUCCGUUAUUCGGAUAUCUUAAUUUCGUCAUGAUUAAAUGGCAUUAUGAUCCUUUCAUGCAAAAGGCUCGAAUGGUCCACAAUCAAAUGGCAUUAUGAUCCACAUUACUAAUUAUUGGAACGAUUAACUAAGAUGCGUCCUAAUCAAUAUAAUGAAAAAAUAAAUUUCCCCAUACUAAUUUGUAUCCCAAUCAGCUCAAAUUUUCGGAGGACACUCAGAAUAUGACAGAAUCAGAUGAGCGUUGUGAAGCAAAAUCGAUUUUUUGAACCAAUCCUAGUACCGUGGAAAAUCAAAUUUCGGACACACUCAAACUUCGGACACUUCAAUUCGUAUGGGAAAUUUUCUGAAAUAUUUCAUCGAAAUGUUUCGUCAAGCUGGAUUCGGAUGACUAAUAGUUUUAGCUUGUUUUAGUAUAGUUACAUUCUAAUAAGACAUGUUAAAACAAUGCGACGAAAUGAUUAAAAGACAGUCUGAGCUGUGCAGUGCGAAUUAUUUUCAAUUAUUCUUCCCGGUGCUGUGUAAUCAGGUGUCCGAAGUUUGAAUCUUUGUGUCCGAAAUAUGAAUCCAACCCCGCCGGUGUCCGAGGUUUGAAUCAAACAGAAGCCGGACAUUUUCAUAAAUUGCAAACAUUUUUCGUAAUAUCGUGCACAUUUUAAAUGCGUAGUUCAAAGAUGAAUACUAUACUUGGUGAUUGCAAUGGUGAUUUAAACGGUUGGACUUAAAAUGUCAGUAAACAGGAUGAUUUUAAAUCAGAAAGUGCUUAAGCGUCCGAAGUUUGAGUUUGCACGGUAUACAUACUAUGGCCAGGGAGUCGAGAAUGUUUCCCACUCGAAAACAUUUUUGAUCGUAAGGCUAACUGGAUUGUUCCAAUAACAUACAUUAGGAUCAAUAUAGGAUCUUUGAUGAAUGAAACAUAAUGAUUACUCUUAUUCUACCAAGUUUUUUUUUACUCCACAAAAGUUAGUAGAUGGUACUGCGCAUGUACAUAUAUACAAGCAACCAAAAUAAACCGAUUUGAACACCGCCGUUUGUUAACUCGUUCCGUUUCCAUGGCAAUGCUAGGCUGAUUUAAAACAAACUUCCAUUCGUUUCGAGUUUUCCACCGCCAACAUGGAUCUUUACGAUGAGAUGUACGAAAUUAAAAAUAGUCGCGAAAUUGACGAUAGUCCUCCGCCCGAUUUGGACGUUUCCAGUUCGUUGCAGUUCGUAAACGAGGAUCGCUCGGAGAACGAUCCCAUCCCGAAUGUUAUGAAUGAUAUCAAAGCGAUCGAUGAUGCGGAUGAGGAAAUAUCAAGGGUUACUGCCUCGAAUAGACCCAGCGACAUCUUCAAGAAGAGGGAAAGCAGUCUACAAAAGCAGGACUCGGUAACGGAUAGUAGUGCGAGCGUUUCCGAAGAUGAGAAAGAAUUGCCAAAAAGCUUGGUUGAGGAAAAAGAGUUCAAUCCUAAGUUCUAUGAAAAUAUUGAAGCACCAAGUGAGGUGAAGGAACUUUUCCAAUAUAUAACCCGCUUUUCGCCGCAGCGCGUCAACAUUGAUUACAAAUUGAAGAUUUUCGUACCAGAUUUCAUUCCCUCGGUUGGCGAUAUUGAUGCAUUUUUAAAAGUUUCAUCACCGCCUUUUAUCAAUGAAGACAAAAAGAAGGUCCUCACGGACCAUAUCAAGAAACUUGGAUUGGAGACUUUAGACGAGCCAUGUGGUGAUCAAAGUGACCGUGUGCUACUGCAGAUGAAAAUGCGAUCGAUUUUCACCAAACCGUUGGAGACGCCCUCUGCGAUCGCAAAAUCAUCGAAAGACAUAGACCGCUGGAUAACGGAAAUGCAGCUGCUUAAGGCGAACCAAUCGGUGCAAAAUAUAAACUCUCUUCGGUCGGUUGUGAACAUUGACAACCUGAUGUCGGAAUGGCCUGAGGACGUUGAAAGAAUGCUGGACACAGUUGGAUUUCCCUCAGCGGAUUUGGAUUGUUCACUGAGCAGGUAUAUUGAGAUUAUUUGUAACAUUUUUGAUAUUCCAGUACAGGAGAGCAACGGACAGGCCGGAUACAUUCAAGCGCUGUAUAAUUUAUUCAAUCUGUAUCUAGCUGUUAAGCAACAAGGUAACGUCUAAUCACUGUCUAAGGAACUAAAGUUUAAACAAAUCUAAGAAAUCAUCAGGUA